GAUAGAAUGUCGUAAUUCACUUUGCCGGUUUAUCGAAGAAAACUGUACACAUUUGAUAAAUUUUUAUGAAAACGAUAGGCUAAAAAAGGUUCAAGAUACGCUGUAUAAUUUGCUAACUUUGUUCAUAAAAAUACAUCAUCCAAAAUGCCUUGACUUCAACCAUAAAGAUUCUUAUGCUUAUAACAAAAACAUGUGGAUUGUUCAAUUAUAUCAAAUAUAUGAAUUUGUACGUCGUGAAAUACAACAAAUCAAAAAUAAUUCCAAUCCCAAUUUUUUCAAUUACAUUUCAGAGUUGGCUGUAACAAUUUUUAAUAUAGUAUAUUUUAAUAAAUUAGAUUCAUCGAGCCUGGUUUUAGAUGAAUGCCCUACACCAAAACGAAAAAAAUAUGAUAUUAAUGUAUUAUCCUUUGUAGAUGAUCUUACCAACUUAAAAAUAUCAGAGAUAUGCACCAGACUUAAUAUAAUUACAAAACUACUAGAAAAUAAUCAUUCAUCGCCAUUUCAUGAAAAGGAUUACAUACAUUUGUUAGAAAGUAUAACCGAAUGUUUAAACUCUUAUAAAGAUACAAAAUCAACAAAAUACUUGAUUAUUUGUUGCAAUGAGUUAAUUAAAUCAGAGAAUAUUUGCAAAUUGAAUCAAAUUGGACCUUUCUUUAAAACUGUUUGGACAUAUGCAUUACAAACUGUAUCAUCAAACGAGAAUUCAGAUUUAUCUCAUAAUCUCUUGCACUCAUUAAUUGAACUAAUAAAUUGGCAAGAUGAAAUGUAUUCUGAUGUACUAAGAUUAUAUUUUAAUAAAACAGUAAAGAUUGAUGAUUCUAGUUUGAAAACUUUAGUAAUUUUAUUUAAAAAGAGAGGAUUUUGCAGUGCUACUUUAAAUAGUACUAACAUGAUUUUAUUGCUCGAUUGGCUGUUACCACUAAUGAUGCCAGAUAGCUUAAUAGUUGAAUCUUUCUCUAAACUGAAUCCCUAUAUUUUAUCAGAAGUAAUUGACUUAAUAUUGACAAAACCUAGUAUCAAAAAAUCAUUUGUCAAUCACAAUAAUUUUAAAAUAAUAAAUUCUAAUGAUUUCAUAAAUACACAUUAUAAUUUGGCGCAUCAAGAUUGUCCAAAUCUGCAACUACAAUUCACUGAGCCUACACAAAAUAAAAGUUUAAGACAAUCUAUUGAUGAAAAUAUUUUUGAAAGAUUAAUUCAUUUCAUAGAAAAAAGAAUAGCAUUAAAGGAAAAACCAAGUAUCGUAACACUUCAAUGGUUUUGUUCCAUGGCAAAUUUACUAUGUUUUCUUGAAAAUAAAUUUCCCCAAUUUAAUAACGAUUUUAAUGAAUUUGGAUUAUAUAAAUUUAAAUACAUGGAGAAAGUGAAUAAUAUAGUUUUAGAACUCAAAACUGAUGUAAACCAAUUAAAUAAUGAAGCAUUUGUUAAUGUGUGUUCAUUAUUUCAUAAACAACUGCAAUUUGUUGAUGGUCAAAUAGUAAAUGAACUAAUGAAUCAUGAAACAAAUAAAGUUAUUAUGAGUGAACUUUAUAACUUAAGUAAAUUAAAUGAUUCUAAUACUAUUUAUCGAGUGUUAGAUUAUGAAGGCCUCACAAAAGAACAAAAAUUAAGUAUACAAGCACUUGAGGCUUUAUUACAGACUUGCUUGUAUAAAGGUGUAUUUGGUUAUCAAACAUGUUUAUUAGAAGCCUUAGUAGAAGACUUAACUGAAUUAGAAGUUUCAAUUUGUCAAUCAUACACCUACUUCAAGAUCACCUAUUUUCUUCGUAAAACUUUGACUUUGGACAAUUUAUCAAUAGAUAUGAUAGUUAAAAUGAAUAAGUUUAUUAAACAACUAGCCAAAGCUUGGUGUUCUCGUCAAGAAGGUUUUAUCCAAAUAACUCAACUUUUGAGUGAUGCACUUCGAAUAACUACUAAAAAUAAAUUAGAUAAAGUUUGCACAACUAAUCUACUUAUGUUAAUUCAGUCAUUACAAAAAAUAUCUACUACCGAAAAUUGCGGACCAAAAAUGGUUUGUGCUUUUGUUGAUUUACUUGGACAUUUUGCUUCUACAAAUAAUGGAAGUUUUGGAUCAACAUGGAAUAUUGAUACUAAUGUGGUACAACCCAUGAGUCCGAAAAAUAUAAUAUUAUUUUAUUUAGACAGUCCAUUUCUUCAGGUUAGAAUUGCUGCUAUUAGAUGUAUAAAAGUGAUGUGUGAUGUUUAUGAAAAUAAUCCAAAUACAUACAAAAUAAGCUAUGAAGAAAUGUUUGCCAUUAUAUUACAUAAAAUACAUGAAGGAUUUACAGUUGAUUAUGAUAUUAGUGAAGAAGAACUUGGAGAUGAGUAUACCAAUAGAAUUUCCACAUAUUUAUUAUGCAUGCAAUCGUUAAUAACAUCAAGUGUUAAAUUUCGAAAAAAAUGUUUGUUCGAAGUUCUUCAAACCGUUUAUAUCAAACAAAUUAACCUAGAUUUGGUGAUUAAUCUGUUACAAUGUGUAAAAAUUGAAUUAAAAAUGAAAUCGUAUAUGGAGUUAUUAGAAAAUAAUUUAAAAUUUUUACUAUGGAAAUGGCAUUUGAAGUAUUCCUCAUUCAAAGGAUUUCCAAUUAAAUUGUUUACUUGCACAACAAUAGAACAAUUCUUUAAAAAAUACCCAUUUGAAACCAUCCCUAUUUUAGUUAUAAAAAAUGACUUGGAUUUUUUCAAUUCCAAGGGUAUUCUUAGUGAUGUAAUUAAAGAAAACUUUCCUGUCAUAUUUUCAUAUUUGUUGGCUAUUAAGAUUGUAGAGGUGCCAUUUCUCAAUCAUGAUGAAAUUAAAAACCUCAUUGAAAGUCAAUUAGGUAAAAUAAAUUUGAAUGAACUAAUAAAGUCCCAGUGCUCAAAUAUAAUAUUACAAUUUAUCCAAAUGGUUGUCAUGAAUACUGAGCAGCCAAUUUCUCCAAUACAAAUUAGCAGCGAUCAGUUUCUGAUUUUAAUUAAGAUUUAUCAAGAGACAUAUGUAAAAAAUAAAUAUCCAUUAUUAACUUAUAUGUCAACACAAAAUCCCGAUUAUAUUCAAACAAUUGUUCACACUCUGUACGUGAAUAUUGUCAAAACAUUAAAAACAGAAUUAUGGUAUCAGUCAUUUUUCCAGUAUACAGUUUUUAUGAAGGCUCUUAUUGGUCAGUUAUUAGAUUCUAACCAAUUAGAUGCAUUUUCUCAUUUCUUAAUUAAUCAAUCUGUACAGUCGACUAUCACCUUAUUAAACCAAAAUAAUUUUGAAAUGCACAAUUAUGCUAUUGAAUAUUUAGAAUGGUUAUUAAUAAAUCCAAUAUGCAUUUUAAAAUUAAAUAUUAGUCAAAUUGGACCUCUGACAUCAAAUCUACGAAUAUUGGCUAAGACACAACCUUCUUUGAAUGAAAAAUUAUUACAUUUAUUGAAUAUUCUUAAAACAUUCAGUGAUCAAAUCAUUGAUUGUGAAACAUACAACAAAAAUAAAACAUCACUACACAAGGACAUAAAUUCUUUUCUUUCUCAACAAAAUGAAAACACUGAUAUAAUUCAAUCUUUAAAAUUUUUAAGACUGAAGUUACAAGCAAAUGAUAAAGAACUUCAAUGCAUGUACCAAGACCUGUUAAAAAUGCGGGGAUUUUCAGAAGAUUGCGUCAAAAGUAUUUUACAUUGUUUAAUUUGUACACUAGUGAAGCUUACAAAAAUUGAUGAAUUUGAAAUUCAAAUCUUAGCUGCCAGUUGUUUAGGGAUAUUGGGUCCAGCUGAUUUAACUACUCUAAUAUUGCAACCGGAACCUGAAGUAUUGAAAUUAGAAUCUAAUAUAUCCCUAGAAUACUCAUUUAUAAAGCAUAUAGUUGAAUUGGUUUUAAAUUACUUAAGUGACUAUAAUAUUUCUGUUUUGGAAUCAAGUAAUAUAACCUUAUUCAAAGUUAUGGCGACUGAUGAAGGACAAUGUUUAUAUGAAGAAUUAGGUGCAAAGGCUUUGUACCCGUUUAAACAUGGACAAUCUUCAAUGGAAGAACUGGAUGUUGAAUUAUCAUUUGAUAUUGAACAAUUUAAUUUACUAAUUGAUAAAAACGAUAUCUGGUGCCCAUUAGAUGAAUCUAUCUCUUACAAUAAUUGGAUUACAAUCAUUACAAAACAUUUAUUGGAAACACUUCAAGGCUUUUGCAAAAGUUUAUUGCCUAUUGCAGAAAAUAAACCUGUGUUUUGUGAAAACAUUUUACCACAUCUAGUUUAUUUCCUUCUUGAAUACAAACCAUUGACAAGGCCUAUAUUAAAUAAACAUUUGAACAGAUUUUUUCUUGAACAUUAUAAAAUGAGAAGUGAAAAGAUAAAUAGAAAUAUUCAUCAAGCUUAUGAUGCCAUUGAAAAUAACAUUUAUUGUAAUAAAUCGGCUGUACAAUGUCUUCUAAGCAUCAUUAAUUUUAUCAGACUUCAACAAAACGAUCCUUUACAAACAAAUUUGGAUAUAAAUUACUUAUAUGUAUCCCAAGCAGCUCAAUUUUGCUCUGCACAUUUUACUUCUAUCCAAUAUUUAGAGCUUUGGUGUGAAACUACAUUGAAAAGAAUGAACAAAGAUAAAGAGUCGAUGAUAUUAAAUCCUGUGGAUGUGAUCACAGAAGUAUUACCCAAAGAAGGACUUUUAUUGCAAUCAAUUCUUAAUGAAUCUUAUAAAAGAAUUGGUGAUUCUGAUGCAAUUGAAGGCUGUGGUUCAAGUUAUUUACUAAAUAUUUCUUCUCGUACACAAUACUAUCAACAACUUAGAAAAUGGGAUCGUGUUAUGGAGAAUUGUGAUUUGCAGCAGACCACAGAAGUCAUUUCCAAAGAUUAUUUAGAAGCAUUUACAAACUCUGGAUUACAAAAUGUUGCUCACAUCAUGGCUUCCAGCAAUGAUAGUUUAAAAUAUGACUAUUGUUGGCAAUUAAAUAAAUGGGAUUUACCAGAUUGUGGCGAAAAGUCUUUUGAAUCAUUGCAUUAUCAUGCUUUACGACAUGUAUAUCUGAAAAAUGUAGAUAGGGCAAUUCCUUUGAUAAAUGAAGCUAGAUUAGUAGUUAUUGAGUCUCUAUAUUGUGCAAGUCUAGAAUCAACAGCAACAAUUUAUACUCCGUUAGCCAAACUUAAAAUAAUUGAAGACCUUGAUGAUUUUAUCUUUACAUCAGAUAAAAAAAAAUUAUUUUAUAACUGGUUAGAUGAAAAAACUUUAAGAACCAAUGAUUUUGUAAAUAUCAAUAAAAUACUUUCCCAACGUUGUAAGUUAUUGGAUUUUAAUGGUGAUAAAAGAUCAGGCAUACUAAGAAUGAAAAUAGCAGAGCUAGCUCAACAAAAUGAUUGGUUACAAGAAUCUGGAAGACAUUUAGCCACAGUUGUUAAUUUAGACAUUUAUCAGAAACAUACCGUCUUAUGGGCAAAGGUGGAGGAGACUAGGCUUUUAUGGAAAAGAAAUGACUGUCAUAUGGCAAGAGUUUUAUUAAAAAAUGUUGUUGAAGAACUUGAAAAUUGUGAAUAUAAUUGUGAAUAUCCUUUCUUACAUUCAUUAGCAUUACAACUUUAUGGUUCUUGGAUGGAAGAAACAAAAUCAGAAACAUCAAAUGAUAUUAUAAGAAAAUAUUUUCAAAAGUCUAUCAGAAGAUUAAAAUUGGAAUCAGCUCAUACAGAUGAGUUUGGAUUAGAUUGUAAAAAAGUACUGUCAGAUGCUCAUAAACAUUUAUCUCAAUUUACCGAUACAUUAUAUCAACAAUUAUAUAAAUACAUAAAAUCAGAAAAUUUUCAAAAACAUAACCUUGAAGUUGAAGACAAUAUAAUUAAAGGAAAAGAAUUGGUUGAAUUAGGAAAAUCAACCCAUAACACAGAAAAAUAUAAGGCUGGUACAUAUUUGAACAAUCAAAGUGCAAUUGAUAAAAGAGAUAUAAGUAACAAACACGAGGAGAAGAAUAAAUAUUUGAAACUAACACUUCAAAACUAUUUGCAGUUGAUGACAUUAGAUGAUGAAAGCAAACUUCCUAUUUAUAGAAUUGUAUCUUUAUGGUUAGAAAAUAAAGAAAAUGAUGAAAUAAAUGAUAUUGUUGACCAAGAGUUUAAAAAAAAUCCUUCAUAUAAAUUUAUCUUGGUUCUUCCUCAAUUGGUUGCUCAUUUAAGUUCCACAUAUGAAUACUCUUUUCAUAAAUCUUUGGAAUCAAUCAUAAUUCGUUGUGCAAUGGAUCACCCUUAUCAAACCAUCCCAAUUGUUUAUGCUGUUGCAAAUACAAAUAUAGAUCAUAAAUUUAAUCAAUGUGAACCGCCUGAAGAAGAAUCUAGAGUACUAGCUGCUAAACGUUUAAUGUCAAAUUGGAAAAAAAAUACAAAUAUUAGUUCAAUUGUGAUGAAUACUGAAAAAUUAUAUGAAGCGUUUAUGCAAUUAGCUUAUACAAAAAUUUCUUGUCCACGUGGCCAGCGAACUUCAAUUCCAAAUGAACAACCUCUAAUGAAAAUACAAAACUCAGAGUUGUAUAUGUAUCCUGCAGCAACAUUGCCACUAAACAAACUUGGUGACUAUCCAAAUAUUAUAAGUAUUGUUAGAUUUGGAAAUUCAUUCUUAAAUUGUGGUGGAGUGCAUGAACCAAAAAAAAUUGAUUGUUUGUGUUCUGAUGGUAUUCUAAGAUCACUUUUAUUAAAGGGUAAUGAAGACAUGCAUCAAGAUGCGACUAUGCAACAAGUAUUCGAAUUAAUGAAUGAAUUACUAAAUUCUAAUAAAUCUACAGCUAAGAGGAAAUUGACCAUAAGAACUUAUAAAGUGAUCCCAUUUUCACAACAAAGUGGAAUUGCUGAAUGGUGUGUAAAUACUAUGUCUGUUGGUGACUACUUAAUAGGAACAGAUUCGAUUACAGGUGCCCAUCAAAAAUAUAGGCCACAAGAUAUGACACCAGCAGAGGCUAGAAAUAAACUUAGAUCAUUUCAAGUACAAAGUGAAUUAACUAAACAAAAAACAUAUUUGGACAUUUGUAAGAAAUUAAAACCAGUCUUUCGAUAUUACUUUUUUGAGAAAUUCUUAUCACCUUCAAUUUGGUUUGAAAGAAGGCAAGCAUAUAUACAUAGUGUUGCUACUACUUCUAUGGUAGGAUACAUAUUAGGCCUAGGUGACCGUCAUAUUCAAAACAUAUUGAUUGACAACAUUACUGCGGAACUCAUUCAUAUUGAUUUCGGGAUUGCAUUUGAACAAGGAACUGUAUUGUCUACACCAGAAACUGUUCCAUUUAGACUGACAAGAGAUAUUGUUGAUGGUAUGGGCAUCUGCGGCAUAGAAGGAACUUUUCGAAAGUGUUGUGAAAAGACUAUGUCUGUUUUACGUCAAAACCAAGAUGUAAUUGUCACAGUUAUUGAAGUCUUAUUAUAUGACCCAUGUCAUCAAUGGGCAUUAACAGGAAAAAAAGCUACUCGACUUCAAAAUCAAUCAACAAAAAAAAAUUCUAUAAUUAACGAUACAACUGAAGUAAAUAAAUUAGCUGAAAGAUCACUAAACAGAGUACGUAUUAAAUUAUGUGGAAUGGAACAAGCUGAAACCGCUGCAGCCAGUAUUAAUGGGCAGGUUAAUUUACUAAUACAAAAAGCCAGAGACCCAAAUAACUUAGCACUGUUAUUUCAUGGAUGGCAAGCAUACUUAUAGAUUUUUAAUGUAAUGCUCAAAAGAAUAAAUUUAGAAUCUACAGGACAUUUUAAGGACCAGUUUUGAUAUUGGUUCAUACUACAAGCAAAUCUUUAAAAUUAUGCAAUUUAGCAUAGUAUCAAAUAUAUAUUACUUAAUUAAGAAUAAUUUGAUUACUUUUUAUACUUAAAAUAUACAUUUUUAUAUCAUAAAAUAUUUUUUAUAAAUUUAUAAAUUACAAUAAAUAAAAAAAAUGUAUUGUUUUUUUAGUAAAACAACUGUUUUAAAAUAACAAUUUAAGUUAUGACACAA